UGUGUUUGCGUUGUUUGUAAAUAUUUUCCCAAGAUUUUAGGCAUUUUAUCGGUUUUAGGCAAAUACUAUAGACAUGAGGAAAGUCACCAGCAAACGCAGGAAAGCAAAGAAUAUUCUGGAGCCGGAAGAAAAUCCUUCAACAAAAGCUAUUGCGGCAUUGCCUGAUGAUUUACUAGUUUGCAGAGUUUGUGAGUCUACGGAGGAUUUGUUAGAUAUUUCGUGGGAGGAAAAUGUGCACUUUCGGGAGAAGCUCUAUCAAAUUGCAUGCUUUGACGAACAGAAGGACAAUUUGUUGAAAUACAUCUGUCGAUCAUGUGGAGAGAGAUUAGAAGACUUCAGUUCUUUCAAGAAUCAAUGCGAAGACACUUAUAGGAAACUCGUGGAAGUGAUUUCUCAGAGACAAGAAAGCACGAAGGAUGUUCUAAAGAAGGAGGAAAUACCAGUGAAAGAGGAGUUGUCAGAAGACAAGAACUCUGAGGAUGAAAUCCCUGACAAUUCGUGGGCAGAUGAAUGUCAAAAAGGAGACCAAGAAGAGCCCAAAGCAGAUGCAGAUAACGAUAAGAAAAACUGGCUUCAGUGCCGGAUUUGCAAUAUGAUGGUGAAGAAUCGCUAUCACAUGGAGAAGCACCAGUGGAGUCACAAGGGGAGAUCUCUCAAGUGCAAAUUCUGCCAAGUGGAGUACUCUUGUCAGGGGAAUCUCAUGCGCCACAUUCGUGUGGUGCACGAGAAACGGCGCGCGCAUGUUUGUAACACGUGCGGAAAGACCUUUUCGCAGUCCAACAAUCUGAAACUCCACAUGCUGGUGCACCAGGAUACUAAGUUUGACUGCGAUCUCUGCGAGAAGUCAUUCAAGAAUCCACGCUCUCUGCGGAAUCACAAAGUGCAGCAUCUGCCGCCAGAAGAACGCCCCGAGCGAGUGCAGAGACGCAUCGAGAAGCGUCCCAAUUUGUCGCCCUGGAAGCGAAGUCAGAAGAAGAUGUGCAUCUGUCCGACGUGUGGGAAGAUUUCCAAUUAUGUGACCCAACACGAGAGCCACAUGAGGAGUCACACGGGAGAGAAGCCCUUCAAGUGCGCGCACUGCGACAGGACUUUCCGAGAGAGGAACACGCUGAGGAGUCACAUGCUGCUGCACACUGGGGAGAAGCCGUACACUUGCCGGUGCGGAGCGGCGUUUCGGCAGAGUGCUCAUCUGAGACGACACCUGCGAAGUCACACUGGCGAGAAGCCAUACAAGUGCCUGGUGUGCGAGAAGAGUUUCACCGAGAAAUCCAUCCUCACCACCCACAUGAGGGUGCACACGGGAGAGAAGCCCUUCCACUGCCGCAUCUGUCCCAAGAAGUUCCACAACGCCAGAGUCCUCAGGAGACAUUACCUGAAGGUGCACUUUAAGAACCAGAACGUGCACACGCAGAGCGACAUUCAGCAGAAGCUCGCGGCGAUGCAAGUGGACGCAGAGUUGGGAGAGAUCAAUUGAUGCCCGCUUUAAAAGCCAAUCUGGU